UAGAUGGAAUCAAUGGGGGCCAUAUUUUGUUGGGACCCUCUUUAUUUUCGCUCCCUGGCUAGCUUCUGUUCAUGGCUGUCUCUGCUCCCAUUUUUUUGUAUCUCUCUCAUUUCUUUUCCAACAUGUUUAUAUAAAAGGGUUCAGAAAGGAGGGAGUUCUGUUUUGUUUUUGUUAAAGGGCUGAUUCUCAGAGAAACAGAAAGGGGUUUUUCAAAGUUCAUAUAUAGGGUAAUAAUCUUCAAAAACAUGGGACACCAUUCUUGCUGCAACCAGCAGAAGGUUAAGAGAGGGCUUUGGUCACCUGAAGAGGAUGAAAAGCUGAUUAGAUAUAUAACUACUCAUGGCUAUGGCUGCUGGAGUGAAGUUCCUGAAAAAGCCGGGCUUCAAAGAUGUGGGAAAAGCUGCCGGUUAAGAUGGAUAAACUACCUUAGACCUGAUAUCAGAAGGGGAAGGUUUACACCUGAAGAAGAGAAGUUGAUCAUCAGCCUUCACGGUGCUGUUGGAAACAGGUGGGCUCAUAUAGCAAGUCAUUUGCCAGGGAGAACAGACAAUGAAAUCAAGAACUAUUGGAAUUCAUGGAUCAAGAAGAAAAUACGAAAACCGACAUCAUCAUCAUCAUCAUCUCCAGGAGCUCCAGUAUUAGCACCUAAUCCUCCUACUGAUCAUAAUCAACAAUCCGGACAAUUCACUUACAAUGCAAACCAACUUGAUCAAAUGAUGAAUCAUCAGCACAAUAACAAUAAUGUUGAUCCUCAUCACGAUAACUUAUUUUCAUCUCCACCAUUGUUCAUGUUUGACACCGCAGGCUGUUGUCCAGUACUACAAGGCUACACCGUUAACAGUGGAGAUUGCAGCAGCAACAACAAUUUUAUUAGUACCCUAACCGAAGACCAAAUGAUUUUGCAUCAGAACUCAUCAUCAAUGUGGCCAAAUGAUCAAUCAUCCUCAUCCUCGGCAACAGUAUUAAUCCAACCGUCAGCAGCUUUUAGUAGUACUAAUGGUAUGGAUUCAAACAGUGCUAAUUAUUUGCCUCCAUUAAUCGACAACAUCGAAAACAUGGUGGCCAUUGGGCAAUCUUGUGGUGAGAAUGUGUCAUUGGAUUGCAUGCAAAAACAACAUGAUGAUCAUCAGCUAAUAAUGAAUCAAUGGGAAGUUGAAGCACAGCAGCAAUGUCCAAGUUAUCUGUUUUGGGAUCAAUCAGAAGAAGAAGGUCAACUUUUAAGUGGGGAAGAAACACAAGUACUUGCCACAACUGCUUCAAACAACAUUGGAGCCAUGCUUUCUUAUCCUUCACCUCUGUAAAUGAAAAGCUCAUCCACAUGACAAAAAUCCAAACAAAAUGAAACCAUCUAAUUUGACAUGCAUCCUCAUCAUCAUGUCUCUUUUUU